AGCGAGUCAGCGAGUCCGAGUAUUGAUUACUACUUUUACUUCUUUCUGCCAUAUCUAUCCACUUACACAACUUAUUGCAGUUGUUUACAUCCACACUCGACGACAAUCACCACAUCAUAAACCAGAUUAGGAGCAAAUACCAUCCCGCCAUCCCGCCAUCCCGCUUGUCCUCCAUUCUUCCAAAUGGCCGCCGCCGCCUCCGCGCAGCCGCUCUUCAGCGUGCCGAUCCCGCCGCUGGGCGAGCACCCGGGCGGCGCCGUCGUGGCCACGCAGCCGGCGCCCGGCGUGUACCUGCUGACCAUAACCUCGCCGCCGGACAACCGGCUGACGAGCGCGUCGUGCGCCGCGCUGCUGGACGCGCUCGACCUGGUCGAGUUCGGCGGCUACCCGCCGGGCGUGCUCGUCACCACCAGCGGCAUCGCCAAGUUCUACUCGAACGGGCUGGACCUGGCCCACGCGCUGGCCACCCCGGGCUUCAUGCCGCGCCUGCUGUACCGCCUCUUCCACCGGCUGCUGACGUACCCGAUGCCGACGGUCGCGCUGCUGCCGGGCCACGCCUUCGCGGCGGGGCUGAUGCUGGCCAUGCACCACGACUACCGCGUCAUGAACCCGGACCGGGGGUUCGCCUGCGUCAACGAGCUCGAGUUCGGCGUGCCGCUCAAGCCCGCCAUGAGCAGCAUCUUCCGCCUGAAGCUGGGGCCCGCGACGUACCGCGCGCUGGUGCUGGAGGCGCGCCGGUUCGGCGGGCGCGCGGCGCUCGAGGCCGGCAUCGUCGACCGCGUCGGGGGGCUCGACGCCGUCCUGGACCUCGUGCGCGAGCGCAAGCUGACGGGCAAGGCGAAGACCGGCAUCUACGGCCUGCUCAAGGCCGAGAUGUACCGCGAGAGCGUGGCGCUGCUGAGCGAGGAGGGGCACGCCGCCGAGGAGGAGAAGGAGCGCCGGUUGGUGCAGAGCGAGGAGCGGAGGCGGGCUGAGGGGAGGAGGAGGGUGGUGGAGCUGAAGGAGAAAUCCAAGUUGUGAGUUGUGAGACGCAGGCGUAACUGUAACCAUCGGAUUUUCGAUAUCCCAAUGUAAUGAAUGCGGUUGGCGCGUCGCCGAGCUGGGCGUUGAUGAACUGGAUUAUUUAUCUCAUACUCGAGGGCCGAUUUUCGACCAUACCUUUCUUGGUUGUGCCCGAACGAACUCAACU